AUGCCGAGCUUUGUCCCAGUGCAAGAUCCCGAAAAGGCCAGAUGUGAGCAGGAUGAGGAAUCCUUGCGAAAGCAUCGGCAAUUUGACACGCCGUUUGCAUUGCUGCCGAAGGAUUUGAACAAUCCGAAGGAGAAGAAGGGUGACCUGAACCCGAUUGCGAGAAGAUCGGAAGAGUUGUACCAAGAUGAAAAUAAGCUGUGGAAGAAGAAAAGGGAGGUCUUUGAUAAACAACAAACCUGGGGACGAGAAACCGCAGUUUGGUCAAAUCCCGAGGAAACGCGUGAACAAGACAAACGAAAGUACAAACCUGGCGAAGUCUUCUGGGGUGCAAAGGGCACCUUCGGGGGAAAGCAAGAGGACAGUGGGCUCCUGACUCUCCAGAGGGGCGAAGUGGAUCAGACCAUGGAACUGAACGAAAAGGGCCUCUGGGUGCGCAAGAAGAAACCUACCACUGAGGAAGGGCCUGGUUUGUCUUCCAGCGCCAAGCAGCUCUUGAAGACAUCAUCCAACGGCGAGGACCCUCGGCUGGAAGCUGCAAAGCCUAAGGGCCGGGGCACAGCGGAUGCCUCUGAGAAGGCUCUGGAGGCAUUGCAAGAACGUCGAAAGUUGGAGCGGAAAGUGCAAGAUGAGUGGUGGCCACAGAUGUUGCAGCUUGAUGAGUGGUACCAGAUGCUAACAGAACAAUCAUCCUGGGUCUCACUGAUCCUGGGCCGCCUGGGCAUUUUCCUUGGGAACCUCCGAGAACCUCCGGUUCUUCCGUGGCGCCAUGAGUGCUGCGGUGCGUGGAUCAUCCCAGCGCAUGUCCAGCAAGGGAAGUCACGGCAGCCGGGACGCUGGACGAAGCACCGCCGCAGUGGGCCGGGCCAUGCUUGGGGCGCGGCCACGAUCCAAGGAGCCACACAGGAGCGCGAGGAUCCGGGGAUGCGUCCUGCUGGGGCACUGCGCUCUGAGGACUCAAAAACAGUACCCACACCAGCGACCAAUCGGGCGCGGCAAAUCGGGGACAGCCUGGAGCACUUGUUGUCAGGUGCCCAGCAGGGAAUACUGGCAUCCAAGUUGAGUGGCUAUCGGCCCCAUGGAGGAGUGGACUUUGACGAUGAGGCUCGGAAGCUCUGGGCACGGCUGAACUUAGAUCCCUCAGUGAUCACUGGUGGACACUACAAUGCCGUGGAUCCUUUGUGGCAGCAUCCUGAAACCAGAGCUGUGUUCUAUGUGGGUAACCAAACUGCUGCAUCCAACCUGCCUUUGCUGCAGAAACAUGGCAUUACGCAUGUGGUGAACUGCACGGACAACAUGCCCAAUUACCAUGAGGGCAGCAGUUCCAUCCGCUAUCAUCGCUUCGACAUCUCCCGAUUCCAUCGACAAGUCAAGACCGAUGCGGAUGCGGAUCGCUUCGUGCAAGCCAUGUUGGACUUUGUGGGUUCCGCCUUAGCCAGCGGCAAAAAUGUCAUGGUCCAUUACCUGGCUGGGGCGCAUCGUGCGGGCACCACAGGCUGCAUUUGCCUGAUGCAUUUUGCCCAACUGGACGCCAAAGAUGCCGUGACAGCGGCAAAGCGUUGCCGACCCAUCAUCGAACCCAUCGCAGACUUCCCCGUCUUGCUGGCUAAGUUGGAGCGCAGUUGGGGCCGCAUAGAAGCUGGUGGUUAUGCUGUUGAGACCUCCAAUCAAAACCUAAAAACAGUGGCACUGCACCGAGACGGUGAAAAAGCGGAUCACGAAUGGGUGUGGAAGGGGCUGGGCAUGACGAAUAAAGGGAAGAAGCCGCAACAUCAGGGGCCUAUCACCACCUUGAAUAGCAGCUCUCAACAGUGCAAGCCAAGCAAGCGCCAUGCUGGUAUGAAGCGUUGGCAGGGGGUGCAAAGAAGUGAUGAAGAAGCGAGAGAGGUUGUCGAGAAGGCUCUUGGAUCCUGCGCAGUGGGUGGCGAAGUGCCAAAGCGGAUUGAACCCAGCGGCACAGGAAAGCGAAAUCGCAGUCCAUCUCCCCUGGCCGUGAGUAGCCCAUCGGGAUCAGAUGGAGAGAAGGAAGAUGGAAAGUUUGAAGCUGCAUGGAUGGAUUCUGAUGAUGAGAGAGAAGCUGCCAAACUGAAUCAAAAGCCAUCAGGCGGUGAUAUCGUGGUGGACUUCUUCUAG